AUAUGCGCAUACGGAGAGCAUCUGGUGGGUUGCGAUAAGCGUCGCGGGGUUGAUAAAAUCGCGGCCCCAAUCCCAGCUCCAUAUCAGCGUAGACAAAUCUCCAACGGCCAACAAUUGACUGUACACAUCUCACAAGCAUCCCCAGCAACAUCUACACUUACUUGACUCCAUCACCACUCAACACCUUGAAACUCAAAACAAGAUAUCACCACACACAAUGGCCACAGAAACCCCCCUCCCAACCCGCGACCCAAAAACCGUCCUCUCCUCCCUCCUUUCCCUCACAGAAACCCGCAUCGUACCCCUAACAGCCGCCGGCGUCUCCUCCGGCUCAAAACUCUUCGGCGCCGCAAUCCUCUCUUCCUCCCCGUCUUCCCCCUCCAACCUUUCCGGGACCGCCCUAUCCCCCUACACAGUCUCCACCAACGACGAACGCACCUCCCCCCUCCUGCACGGCGAAAUAAACUGCAUCCAAACCUUCUUCACCCGCGACUUCCCCGACCCAGCCACCCGCCCUUCCCCCCGCACCGACUGCGUCUUCUUCGCCACCCACGAGCCCUGCUCCCUCUGCCUCUCGGGCAUUGCCUGGUCCGGGUUCAGGGAGGUGUAUUACCUCUUCACCUACGAGGAUAGUCGCGAUUUAUUCGCGAUUCCCCAUGAUAUCAAUAUCUUGCAGCAGGUGUUCCGCGUGCCGGCUGAGGGGGAGGGGGAGGCGGCGUUGGAGCGGCGGGAGUUGUACAACCGGACAAACCAGUUCUUCACGGCAAGGAGUCUAGGGGAUUUGGUGGAGGAGAUUAAGGAAGAGGGAGAGAGAGAGCAUUGGAGGGGUGAGAUGGAGCGUGUGAAGGGGCUGUAUAACGCGUUGAGUGAGACAUAUCAGGAGGGAAAGAAGGCUGGCGCGGAGAGUUCGAGUGUGUGGAAGUAGAGCGAGUGAGCGAACGGCGGGUGUAGAUGAUUCGUCAAUGGGGGGGGGGGUGUUUGGUUCACGGAUACUGCUCGACGCGUGAGUCCGCAUUUGUUGGUGCUGGCAGUGGCUGGGUGGAAUCGGCGCCGGUGAUGAGACCGGGCGAUUUCCCGUAGUCGAGGGCCGAG